GAAGGAGAGUCCAAAUGAUGAGUCUGGAGGCUGCGCUGAGGACGGUCGGUCCGCUUUUCCUCAGCCUGGCCGAGCGCGCGUUCGUCUACGGACCCCAGGGCAAGUUGCUGUCGCGGAAUCUCGAGGAGCACUGGUUCGCGCACUGCGUCACGAUGCCGCACUACAACGUGUUCCCGUGCGACGCGAUCGCGGACGCGUUGCAGCUGCUGCGGGCCAACUCGCUGGACGAGAUGCUGCCGUUCGCGCUCGCCACGUUCGCGACGUCCAAGAGCGCGUGGAACGAGUCGCUGCUGCCGGCAGGCGGGAAGGUGCCGUCCCACCGAACCGCGAGGAUCAACGCGUUCGUCGACCCCGCGGACUCGACCGGUCUGCUGCACAGGAAGCAGCGUGAGCGCAAGGCGUGGUGGCGCAAGCUCGCCCAGCACCCCUCGCGAUUCGUGCUCGCCGAGGCGAGGAAGACGCGGAGUCUCGACGUGACGGAGAUCGAGGCGCAGUUCCCCUUUGGAAACAUCGUCGUGGAAACGAUCGCUUAUUAUCCCGGCGUGCGCAAGUUGUAUCCCCAGGCCGAAAGUAAUAAAGAUAAUGCUGCGGACGUGCAUAUGGUCGAGCAUGUCGCUUCCCUGGACUGGGGCUGCUUGGCGUUGCUCUGCGACAGCCACAUGUCGGACAAGUCAAAUAGAGCGUACAUUCAUCCCAAGUUAUCCCCGUACAAGGUGACGUUCCGCACAGCGAGACAGGGGGACGAGACGGACUCGGAUGUAGAAGACUUAAAUCGCUUUGUGCUAUACUUAAGCAACGCGCUUAGGACGAGAGGGAUCUCUACCAUAUUGACGAGUACAGAAGAAAUCUUAGACGUAUGCCUGAUACCGUACGUCGUGUCGGUGGAUAAGACUAGUCUCAAGAAUGGCGUUGUACACGUAAGGAGUCGCUCGACGACCCUCAGCGAGGCGGUACACAUUACCGAGCUGGUAAAGUACAUCGGUUUGCGCUCCUCCUGAAUUGCUAGAGCGGCGAGUCGCCGAGCCCUCCCCGUCAAUCGUUCACUGUGAGAUAUUGCUAUCGUGUAAUUGAUGUAUUCAAUUAUUAACUAUAUUUAUUACUGAUAGUUACAACGAUAUAAACUGUAUAAAUGUAAAUGAAAAUUCUGGCUCUA